CCCGCCAGUUACUGCCAGGCUCAAUUAGUUUUGCUAUGAGACUGCGUGAGGAGGUAGGAAGAGAAGCGCGCGCGGAGUUGUGCCGCGCCCUUCGUGCCGGGUAAAUACCAAGGCUUACUGGUACAAGAAGGAAAUUCGAGCAAGUGGAAAAAAUUGGAACUGAUGGACGUUGUAUGGGCCAGAGGCAGGGAUGGUUGGCUAUGACCCCAAAGCUGAUGGCAGGAAUAUCUCCAGUUUUGAGGUGGCGGUGGCCGGGUCUGUGUCUGGACUUGUCACUCGGGUGAUGAUCAGCCCCUUGGAUGUCAUCAAGAUCCGUUUCCAGCUCCAGAUUGAGCGCCUGUCUCGCAGUGACCCCAGUGCAAAAUACCAUGGGAUCCUACAGGCUGGGAGACAGAUUUUGCAGGAGGAAGGCCCCACAGCAUUCUGGAAAGGACAUGUCCCAGCGCAGCUUCUCUCUAUAGGCUACGGAGCUGUCCAAUUUCUGUCGUUCGAGCUGCUGACCGAGCUGGUGCACAGAGCCACCACGUACGAUGCCCGCGACUUCUCCGUGCACUUUGUGUGUGGCGGCCUGUCUGCCAGCGCCGCCACCCUGGCCGUGCAGCCCGUGGACGUGCUGCGCACUCGGUUUGCCGCUCAGGGUGAGCCCAAGGUGUAUAAGACCCUGCGAGACGCCGUGGUGACCAUGUACCGGACCGAGGGCCCCUUGGUUUUCUACAAAGGCUUGAACCCCACCUUGAUUGCCAUCUUCCCCUACGCCGGGUUCCAGUUCUCCUUUUACAGCGCCUUGAAGCACGUGCACGAGCGGGUCUUGCCCACCGAGGGAAGGAAGAACGAGAACCUCAAAAACCUGCUGUGUGGCAGCGGAGCUGGCAUCAUCAGCAAGACCCUUACGUACCCCCUGGACCUCUUCAAGAAACGGCUGCAGGUCGGAGGCUUUGAGCAGGCGCGAGCCACCUUCGGCCAGGUUCGCAGCUAUAGGGGCCUCCUGGAUUGUGCCCAGCAGGUGCUACGAGAGGAAGGCUCUAUGGGCCUCUUCAAGGGCCUGUCCCCCAGCCUGCUGAAGGCUGCUCUCUCCACCGGCUUCGUGUUCUUCUGGUAUGAGCUCUUCUGUAACCUCUUCCACCACAUGAAGAAGGUGGACAGCUAGCCCGGAGGGGAGGAAGGGCGGCCCCCCGAAGGAAGGCGGACGCCUCUACCAUCUCUUGUUGCACUGAGAGCUGCUGCCCGCGCCUGCCUGCCAGCCAGCUCGGCUGUCACUCGAAGGGCAAGCGCUUUCUCGGGGAGAAGGCAGGGCUUGGCCUGUGGGGAUGCAGCCAAGCGGUCAGAAGGUGGUUUUCCUUUGUGGUCCAGCCUGCAGGAAAGGCAGUAGUGGCCACCCUGCACUUCCAGCACCUUCUGCCCAGAGACCUCUCCGCGCUCUGGGGGUGGGAGGCCAUGGCUAGAGCCUGAGGGCUGGGAUUGGGCCCUUUGCGGGGGCCUGGUCCUCUCGAGUGCGCUCCUCCUCCCACCAGCUGAUGUAAUACACAUUGAAGCUGAAAGUAUAUUCCUUAUUUCACUCCAUCUUCCUUUCCAUAUCACAUCCCUCCUCACAAAGUAUGAGGGGAGGAACCCUGGCCUUCCUCAGAAUCUAUUUUUCUCAGUACUUGCAUCCCUCAUACAGCUUUGCUUCUGGUCCUGGGGGGAGAAUUAGUCACUUUAUAGCCACACCCCCCAGGCCCCGGUCCUCCUGUGACGUCCCGCUCAGCCUGUUCUCUCCCCUGGGUGGGACGGAGCAUGGCUAAGGGUCUCUGGGGAAGACCGAUCUCAGUGGCCCACAAGAAGUGGGGACCUGUGCUGAUGGGGAGGAGCUGUGGGUGAAGGCCGUGGCCUUUUUCCCCAGCCUACCUGGGGUCACUCCACUUCCAUGGGGUCAGGGCGGGAGCCUUACAGCUGGGCCAGUUGGCAGCAGCUACCUGCUCAGUGUCUCCCUCCUGGGCUCACUGUGGUGACACACUGUGUGUGUCCUCUGUCAUCCCGGAAGGGCCACAGCUCUGGAGCAGCCUCAUGAAGGGGGUGGUAGAAGGAAAGGGCUGAGCAGCCAGCCUGCUGAGGGCAGCAGGGUCUGGGGGUGGGGGGGUUGUCACACAGCUACUGAUGUGGGCACAGAGGAGAAACUGCAGUUAGGGGGUGAGCCCAGGAAAUCUACAGAACACAACCACCAUCCUUUCCACCCAGUUCUGCACCCCCCACCCCAGGGAGCCUGGCCUGCGGGGUCCCUCUGCAGGGGGAGUCAGGAUGGAGAAGCACCAGGCACCGCAGGACUUCACCCUGCCCUCAGUCUGGGCUCCAGCUCUAGCCUCUGUGCCAGCCUCUGCACGAACUUAGGAGGAAAGCAGGGGCGGAAUAGACCUGUGUGGGUGUCAUGGCCCUUGGACCCCUUCUGUCAUCAGAACUGGCUCUGGCCUGGAGCUUUGUGACACGUCUGAGACCCUGAAUCGUGAAGCUUCCCUGCUUCCGGCUGCUGCUGAUGGAGUCCCAGGCUGGGGGUAGGGGGAGCUCCAACACCCACAAGGUCUGGGGCCCUGGAGGCCUGGGCUUGGGGUUGUAGGAAAGCAGCUGCCUGAAUGUAUUUUUUUAAGAAAUUACACUUCAGUGGAAUAAAGUAAACUUUAUUCUCUUCA